CCUGUCGGAUGGCUUGAAAUGACAGUGUAUGUCGCCGAUUCGGCCUUAGCUCGUUGGAGGACAGUACACUUCUCGAACCAAUAUGGUGGAAAAGGCCAUGACCCGGAAGUACAUCUUGAAGGUCAGAGAGCCGAGAUAUGCAAUAUCACGUUAAUGGUGUAUCAUUCAUAAAUAGUCAAGUUAUGUACAAAAUAAACACAGUUCACUUAUAUUGUAACUUCUAAUACAUAUGUUAUGGGAGAACUUACACAAUUUAGAUAAAAACAAAGUUGUUGCCUAACUAUACAUUGAAUCGGAAAUUAUGAUACUGCCUAACUGAAUGCUGUAAACGUUCCUCCCCUCUUUACAACCAUGACGCUGGCGGUCUCUCGAGGAAUCUUAGUGUGCCUCUUGUUGGCGAUUUCCAGUAAUUCUGCCGACGAUGACCAUGGGACAAAGGCUUUUAAGUACAACAAAGUGAUGUUUGACGAUAAGGUUCCUCAGAAAGCGCAUUUCAUAAUGUUCUUCGCGCCGUGGUGCGGUCACUGCCAGCGUCUCAGUCCAGUAUGGGACGAGCUGGCCGUCAAGUUCAACACUGACCCGUCCACUGCUGAGGUACUGAUAGCCAAGGUGGACUGUACUGCUGAGACUGCCCUCUGCUCUGACCAGGAAGUCAAGGCCUACCCCAC